AUGCCGGGAAGAGGAUGGGAUAAAAUUUUGAAUAAGCUUCCAAAAGAAGUUCCUUCAGUACAGGAAGCAGAGAACAGCGCUGCAGCUGCAUUGAAAAAGAUAUUGCAGGAGGCUAGAUACGGAAGCGCCGAUGGUACACCAAAAGGGAGAAGAAAGAAACUUGAUAUUCAGCCAGGAAAAAGCAUCGCGAUUGAAGACAUUACUCCACAGAAACCUGAUGAUUUAAAUAACAACAAACCUGGUCCAUCAAAACCCAAGAAACAAAAACCAAGAAAAAAGAAGCUAGUUUCUUCAGAAUCUGAGACGGAAGAAGAAGAAGAUUGGAACCAAUUUGUAAAGAGAAAGCGUGUCUUCACAAGACGCUUCAGUGACAGUGGAUCAGAAGAAGAUGAAUCGGUUCUUCGUGAAAAUGAAAGUGACAAUAAUGUUGAUACUAUAGACAUUGAUGGAACAACAAGCGACGAAGAAAUUCAAAAUACCAAAGAUGAAAAUGGAAAGACUGAAGAAAAUAAAAAGACUGAACAAUAUGAAUACCAUAAGAACGACUUUGUUUUAGUGGAACUUAAAUCUACAAAGAAUAUUUCCAAGAAGUUUCUGGCAAAAAUUGUUUCAAUCGAAAACGAUUCCUUUGUCUGUUCGUAUUUAAGAUCACAUUCAAAAAUAAAAGAGGCAUAUAUUUUUCCACAAAGCGACUUGGACUUUUCUCAACUGCAUAAAGAAAAAUCCUAUAAUUUGUUGAAAAAGUGGGACAGCUUCAAAACUCUGAUACCUAUACUGAACAGCAGAAUAAAGGACAAACAAAACAUCAGUCUCCUAAAGUUAGUCAACACACUUAGCUCGGGAGAAACUUCAAGCAACGUGAUUAUUGCGUUGUUAUUACAUGCGCUGCUGCCCCCGACUGUUGAACAUACAGUUAAAAGUGAAAAUAAGAAAUUAAUAGUGAAGUCAACAAUUAAGGAUUCGCAGGAUUCAUUCUUCUUUCACAUCAAGGGAGAGGACCCUUAUCCAAUUAUGGAUGAUAAUGCUGGAGGUGGAAAGAGAGAUAACCCAGGCAAUUAG